AUGUCAUCUCUAUUAACCUCAGCCGCUGCCAGACCAAUUCUUGAAAUAUUACGCCUGUCUCGUAAUGGUAUAGUCUAUGGUGGGAAGUUGAGAUUUUCACAUGCCUUGGUUAUCAAUUUAUUAUAUCGUUCGGGCCCUCUACGCCCAAGGUUAGCCCUGGUGUUGAAGGCAACCAAGGACCACGCUCUGGUUCUUGCUGCCUUCGCGAUAAUCUAUAAGGCAGCUUGUAAAAUUUUGGAACAAGAUUUGGCUCUCGGGUCUCAAAACUCAGGUUUAAUUAAAUUCCUUGCUGGAGCCUUCGGUUCUUGGAUUGUUUACUCACAACACUUCUCAUACUUCCAUCCAGGUAUCACGCAUCAGAUCACCUUAUAUUGUUUUUCACGUGUGUUGCUCGCUGGCGGUAAAAUUUUGUUAGAUCAUUACUUAAAUUGUAGGCAACCCAAAUUUACAAUUCAUUCAGAAUUAGUCAGUUUUAAAGAUUUGAGUGAAAACCAAAAGAAGAGUCUUAGGCAAUCGGUUUACAACAAAUCAUGGAAAUAUUUUGCUGUAUUGACUUGGGGGUUAGUGAUGUUCAUUUAUGACUAUCAACCUCAGUACUUGCAAAGUUCUUUACGUCACUCUAUGGCAUACAUUUAUGACGUUGAAAUGCAAAACUGGGGUACCUGGCGAGAUUUCAUUGGAUUUUAA